ACCACGAAGGGAGACGCCAAGCGACUCACCUAUCUCCGCUCUAUUUAAGAUAAUCACAUAAUGGAGAGCCACCACAUAUUUUCAACUUUCAACGAGGAAGAAGUUAAAAAAGCAUGGGCAAGAUCAGUAGGAAUGGCAAGUCCGGCCCGGAGGGUAAAAUGGACAGCAAUAGUUCUCACGUGUGCCAACAAGACACACACACAGGCUCUACAGAAAGAGCUGGAGAUCCGACAGGCCAAGGGUUAUAUAGACAGGGAUGUCAUCCUGUUAACAGUGGAGGACCCAAAGUCUAAUGUUGGGAGCGGCGGUGCCACCAUCAAUGCCCUACUGACAGUUGUAGAGUUCAUCAGUGCUAGGAAGGGCUACACGGUGAUCAACCCAGAUGUACUUGAAGAUGCCAAAAUUCUCAUCCUCCAUCACGGUCGACCGUACGGCUAUGACACGUGUGGCCGGGUCUUCAUGACACUUCCUGUGCACCACGCCUCCCCACAGUAUGAUGGCCUUGUCGACACCAUUGACACCUACCUGAAAAUAUUCACAGAAAAACUGGCAGUGAAGGCCGACCCCGGUGUCUGGAUCGGCAGCACGGACAUGCUCCUCUCCAUCCCAAUUGAUGCUGAAAUUCCAUGGGAGCAGUCGGAAGCCAUUGCUAUCACUGUACCAUCCACUCCCCAGUAUUGUAAGGACCAUGGAGUGUUUAAAAUUGAUACGCAGGGAUUCGUAGAGGACAUUCUGUACAAGGAAAAAGUUGGAAAUUUGGAGUCGUGUCAGAGGUCAGAUGGAUCCGUGCCUUCCGUGGUGGGAAUUGUUUACUUCAAUGAGGCAGUUGCUGGCAAACUGCUGUCCUUCUACAUGAAACCGCCACUUGACGCCUGCACAUACAUGGGGCUGGACAGCGGUCAGCCUCCCCUCCAGCUCUCUCUGUAUUUUGACGUCCUGUUGCCAAUGACAACUGGUCUCUCUGAGACGGACUUUGUAUCUGGGGAGAGAAGCGGCACCUUUGGUAAACCCAUGCAGCAGGAGAGCAGCGAGUCUCGGACCAACAUGGCGCUGGCUCGAUCUCUUCUGUGGAAGGAGCUCCAUGGAUACAGGAUGAGGACAUGCAUGGUGGAGGGUGGGAGUUUCCUCUACCUGACGGACCUGGCCUCGGAACACAAGAAGAUGAUGCUGGCUUGUCCCCUGGAGAGAUGUGGCUUCAAGGAUCUCAUCUGGAGCAACAUCAUCCACUCCUGCAUGGAGGGUGAAGGUCAGGUGGAUGACAAGGUCACAAUCAUCAACAGCCGCUUGCAAGGGGAGGUAACUGUUGCAGCACGGAGUGUUGUGAGCCACUGUGACCUACAUGGACGGAUCAACAUUGGACGAGACUCUGUCAUCACCUGUCUCAACGUAGAGGAAGUCAGUAAGAAAAAGAGAACGAUCAACUUCGGUGAAGGACUAGUGAUUCAGGGGUACCACAUCUAUCUGAAGACCUUAAGGACAAGUCCAUAUGUCCUUACUGUCCAUGGCAGGUUCGACAACAUCAAGGCGCCGUCAUGGAAGAGCACCAGCUCCUUCUGUAACGAGCCAUGGCUAGUGGUCCUCAACAGGACGGGCAUCACCAAGGAGGACCUGUGGGGGACGGAGUUGGAGAAUGACAAUCAGACGAUACUGACGGCCAAGAUGUUCCCUGUGUUUCAUGCCACAGAUGUAAUCGGUCUGCGCGAGAUUCUGUGGCUGCAGGGACAGCUCGCAGAUGAUGGAGAGAGGACAAUACUCAAACGGUGGCGCACUUCGUGGCGGCUCUCUCUGGAAGAAAUCCAGACUUUCACUGAUGCUGGUAAAAUAUUUGAACAGAGACGAGAACUCUUCUACAACAUCAGCAACCAUGAAAUAUGCAACGUAUUGACCAAACAGCAGCACAAGGGAUUCCGCAAUGUCUACAACAGCGCCAGCGUCGAGGGAUACUCACAGACGAUUCUCAAAUCCCUAGAUGAAGUGGCUAGCAGCACAAGGUCGCCGGGUAUCGCUGCUCGGACGUUGGCCAACAUCGCGGACGUCCUGGGCUGCAUGGCCGGGAAUAAGGGGGGCCUGCGGAGUGGGCCUGCAGCCAACAAGUCCUGGUCCAAGGCUUUUGGCUAUCUUGAAGUAGGCAUUGAUGAAGCUAAGGACCUCGCAGUGGGUGUGGCUGCUCUGGCCAAGGAGAGAGAGCGCUGGCUGGGUCGUCCUGACCUCCUGGUGAGGGCAGCGCGACAUUACGAGGGGGCGGCACAAAUACUCAUCAGGCAGGCAGUGAUGACAGCAAAGGAGUUUUUCAACCCCCAACAAGGAACACUGCCACGUAUCAACAAGUGGGUGACGGCGGAGUGCCCCGCCCGUAUUGACAUAUCAGGGGGGUGGUCGGACACGCCCCCCAUCACAUAUGAACACGGUGGCGCUGUCACAAUCGUUGGACUACUUAUUAACGGCAAGAGACCUAUUGGAGUAAAAGCACGAAGAAUACCCGAGCCUGUGAUCAAGUUGGAGAUAUGCAGCGACACUGCAGAGAGCCAGUAUGUGGAGUGUAAGGAGCUGAGUGACCUUGAAGACUACUACCAGCCCCACACCCCAGGUGCUCUGUUGAAGGCCUCCUUCGUGUGUGCGGACAUCGUUGACCUGAUGUCCAGCAAGUCCCUGGCCAAACAACUCCUGGACAACUAUGGAGGAGGCUUUGAGAUGCAAUCCUGGUCAAACAUGCCCACUGGCUCCGGACUCGGCACCAGCAGCAUCUUGGCCGGCGCCGUCAUGGGGGCAGUGCUCACAGCAGGGGGCAAGACAUGUGACCCUGAAGGACUGGUGCAUGCUGUGCUGUAUCUGGAGCAACUGUUGACAACAGGUGGGGGGUGGCAGGACCAGAUUGGGGGUCUGUUUGGGGGGGUGAGGCUGGGUGUGUCAGAGGCCCAGCUACCCCUGAAGGUGGAGGCGAUAGACCUGCAGGUGUCCGAAAGAUACGUCCAGAAAUUUAGUGACCGACUCGUCCUCAUCUACACCGGAAAGACCAGACUCGCCAGGAAUCUGCUUCAGGACGUCAUCAGGAACUGGUACGCCCGCAACCCCCACAUUGUGACAACUGAGGAUGCCCUGGUCAUGCUAGCGCGGGAAUGUGGCCGUGCCUUCACUGAUGGUGAUCUGGAAGCUCUUGGUUCCUGCGCCAACAAGUAUUGGGAAAUGAAGAAGCGGAUGGCACCGGGAUGCGAGACUCUUGUGAUUCAGAGAAUAAUGGAGGUGUUGCGACCCCACAGUCUCGGCCUGUGUAUGGCGGGGGCCGGGGGAGGGGGGUUCAUGUGGGGCAUCAUGAAGGAACCAAGCUCCAAGGACAAGGUGGAGAAGCUUCUCGCCACUGUCGAGGGACUGGAAGAUGCUGUAGUGUACGAAGCUUGCGUGGACCAAUCGGGGCUCUCCAUUUCCAUUGAGGAGUAGGUUGUCAUGGUAACAAGUUUGCGGGAUACAUGUUGACUUUCAAUGAGUGAGAUUUGCCUCCAUGUCUGAAAAGAAGAAGCUGAAGAAAAGUGCACAAACUCAAACUCAUCCCAGGAACAAGAUGAACUUUAAAGUUUUAAAGUUAUGGAAAGGAUCUCAUUUAAUGGGUAAAUCAACAAUUAGUAUAUACAGUUGAUCAAAACUUUGAAUGCAUUGAUUGUUUAAUCUGUUGUUGUAUGUGAGGAAAAUAAUAUUUGUCUGUUAGCUACAUCAGACAUUAUGCAUGGUUGUUUGUUAAACUUACAUCAAAAUUAAGUUUGUCCCAAAAUUAUUUAAUUCUCUUUAAGUUUAUUUUAUUCUUCUGUAUUCUGUAAAAUAAUUGAUUUUUCCAAGUUGGAUUCAUCAGUGUGUGAGGGACAGAAAUAGCUGGCUCUCAUUUACACUUGAACUGAAGGUGUAUCAAAUGAUGCAUGUGUGGAGUUGUCUCACUUAGGAAUACCAGGAUCCUAUGAUUGUGGGUUUGAAUCACGGAUCGCCUGGAUUAUUUUUCUAGUGUUGUCAGCACCAUACCCAUCCUUGUGGGUUUCACCAUCUUAGACCUACAUGACUUUGGGCUUUCCUGUCCCAUCAACUGACACACGGUUAUAUAACCGAUAUUCUGUUCAAAGAGGCGUUAAACCAAACUCACCUUGAUGGAGGAUGGUAUUAAGGACUCAAGUGUGUACUUAUUAUGGAGAUGUUGAUUUUGAAACCUCAGGUGAUUUUUAGCACUUAAGCAACUUGUUUAUGAACUUUCCUGACCCCAGGUCAUGUCAUGUCUUCACGCGAUGUUUCAUGUGAUGUUUUGAGUGACUGGACGUCAGUGUUGAACCUUUAGUUCUCAGGUAGACAUUUAUAUCAACCUAAUUUUGGUUACUUUAUGUGAGAGAGAGGAUUACACAACAGGUCAGUCUUCAUGUUGGUGAAAUUAUGUGGUAAAACCUUUGAGUGUGGUAUGGUUGUCAUGUUAAUUAGGCUUAAAAAAUAAAAGAUUUGGUUUUCAGGCAAUGACUUUUGAAAAUGUAGUGCGGGAUGGCGGUGUUUUUUUGUGUGUUUUUUUUAAGACUAGUAUGUAACCAAAUAAACAGUUGUGUACCAUCAACCUUAGAAAGGGUCUUCCAACAUAAACAGGCAUACAAACUUCAAUUGCCACCAUGGCCAUAACACGAGAUGCGCAGUAAAGCAGUGGGUAUGUAAAGGGAAGUAACUGCGUGCUAUAUUGGAUUGCAUUGUUUUUAAGUAUUAGGAUUUUUUUUAAAAUUUUAAAUUGAAAUAAAAACAAAAUGUGCGGCAGACUUUAUGAUGAUAUGCCUGAGAACCAAGACUAUUGUUUUUUUAGCCUUAGGUAUUUAUAGUUUUAGGAGUGGCUGUGAUGAUUUUAGUUGGAGAAUUGUUAAGGAUAUGGGAAAACGACUUUUGGGCACUCUAGAUUUACUUACUUAAGAAAUGAGAAAAAGAUUAAACAUUCUUUGUGAAAGUUACGGCUGUGUUAUAACAACUCUAAGUUUUGUGAUCAGGUUGAAGUGUUUCAGAAACUCAUAUGUUUGAGUUUAGAGGAAUAGAUUCCUAAUAUUUGAACAUUCUUUCUCCCAAACUGUACAAGCACCAGUACGAACAUUGGUAUCAAAUCAUAGACUUAAUCAACGUUAGUUUUUCUGUUGAAAAUUGAAAAUUCAACUUAUUUUUGACAUACUGGAAUAUAUCAUAAGUCCAUAACUUGCAAGUUAAAAUAUGGACCCAAAAAUCUAAUUGUCAGUCACAUAUACAGAUUUUUGUAAGUGAUUUUAACAUUUUCAUUGCCAAAUAGUGUCCUCUCUACUUCGUCCAUUGUUGAUACAGCAACAUUGGGUCCACCUGCUCCAUCCCAGGGUGACAUCAUCGAUACCCUCCUGGUUCCAUUGCUGCCAUGAGCAGGGGACACCAUUGGUGCCCUGCUGGUAUCACCGCUGCCAUCACUGUAGUAGUCGCAGACAUUAGACAAGUUUUUUAUAUUUUUUCACUCCAACCCAAAAUGUUGUGACAUGUAUGUUUUUGUGCUUUUCCGUGGGAAGGUCAUUGUAGUGAAUUGUAAAAAGAUUUUUGACAGAUGGAAGUUAUAAAGAAUGUUUACUUGUUUACAGUUUUGUCUCUAAUUGCAGACUAACAGCAAAGCUCCUCUUAUUUUCUCACUCUUGUAAUGACAGGAUACUUGAAUUGAAUAGAAUUUCAAUUUGACAAACAAAAUGUGAAAAUUAAGGCACUUAGCUUAGAAUGCUCAGGCGAUUUAGUCCCAGUAAUUUCGUCAUGUUAGAGGUGACUAACUUGGAUCAGCUCAGGAUAAGUUGAUUGGACAUAACCCAGAAUAUCAAGCACUAGGUCAUGCCCUAUUGUGUACAGGCCGCUAUGGUAUAGCCUUAAUAAAAUGUGUGGACAUUACCCAGAAUAUCAAACACUAGGUCAUGCCCUAUUGUGUACAGACUGCUGUGGUAUAACCUUAAUAAAGUGUGUGGACAUUACUCUGAAUAUCAAGCCUGAGGUUAUGCUCUAUUGUGUACAGACUUGUAUGGUAUAGCCUUAAUAAAGUGUGUAGACAUUACUCAGAAUGUCAAGCACUAGGUCAUGCCCUAUUGUGUACAGACUUGUAUGGUAUAGCCUUAAUAAAAUGUGUGGACAUUACCCAGAAUAUCAAACACUAGGUCAUGCCUUAUUGUGUACAGACUGCUGUGGUAUAACCUUAAUAAAGUGUGUGGACAUUACUCAGAAUAUCAAACACUAGGUCAUGCCCUAUUGUGUACAGACUUGUAUGGUAGAGCCUUAAUAAAGUGUGUGGACAAUACCCAGAAUAUCAAACACUAGGUCAUGCCCUAUUGUGUACAGACUGCUGUGGUAUAACCUUAAUAAAGUGUGUGGACAUUACUCAGAAUAUCAAACACUAGGUCAUGCCCUAUUGUGUACAGACUUGUAUGGUAGAGCCUUAAUAAAGUGUGUGGACAUUACCCAGAAUAUCAAACACUAGGUCAUGCCCUAUUGUGUACAGACUUGUAUGGUAGAGCCUUAAUAAAGUGUGUGGACAAUACCCAGAAUAUCAAACACUAGGUCAUGCCCUAUUGUGUACAGACUGCUGUGGUAUAACCUUAAUAAAGUGUGUUGACAUUACUCCGAAUAUCAA